AUGAUCCUUGCUACUGGUCUGAAGCCCGAGGCUGUGCUGGUUGGGUUGUUGGGAUGGAUCGUGCCGUACUUAUUGUUGGCCAAUUACCUCGAGCGCUCGUUAUUUCCAUUUCGAGCCUAUUGCUACACCCAAUCAGACUUAUUGUCGGAGAAGCACCAUUUGGAAAGCCUCGAACACUGCGUCGAUCGAUACCACUAUCCCAGGAAAGCAGAUCCAAGUUGUCGCCUAAAUGUCGCCCCAGGUACCCUAAUCGAGCCGAAAAUUGUCGGGAAGCCUAAAAAGAUCGCAGUUGUCCGCUCGGCCCCUAACGCCCCAGACUACCGUAAUUUCAUCCGGGCCACCUGGAAAAAGGACUUUGUCGGAAUCCCCGUCGUUUUCUUGGUCGGAUUACGCGAUGGUACGGACUUACGCGCAGAAGCCGAGGAGCACCAAGACAUUUUGCAGUUCAACUUCACCGACGGGUACUUUGUGCUCGGGUAUAAGAUGACGUCGACAUAUGAAUACUUUUUGCGGCUGGUACCCGAUUUGGAGGAGAUUAUCGUGCUGAAUGACGAUACGAUUGUUAACGUGGAGGCGCUGGCCAAGCUUCCUCGCCAAGCUCCAGCCGAACCCUGGGUGAUCGGAAAGGUAUCUCGGGGAUACCCAAGGCUGUGGAUGCCGUGGUUGACGUGGCACGUCGGCGGGGAUGUCUACCCGAAUCUUUGUUAUCCCAGAUUUGUACAGGGCUCGUCCUUCAUUAUCUCUCGAGGGGCCACCAAGUCGAUUUUGGCAAAUAUUUGUCGAUUUCCAUGGAUACAUUUGGAUGAUAUCCACCUGGGGGUAAUGUCCUCCUGCCUCAACAUCAGGCUCCUUCACGAAGAAGGCUUUGACCAUCACACCUUUGACAAUUUUGUCGUUUUUCACUAUCAAUAUUCACGAUAUACAGCAGCUUAUUUGAAAGGCUACGCCCCAUGCAGCUCGGCGCCGCUGCAAAGCCAAGACCAAAAUUCGCCGCAGGACGAGCCGAGAAAGUCGACCCGUACGCGCCGAUACAAAACACCCUCGCCCCAGCUUUUGCGCGUUCGGAGGAAUGCAGCGAAUGAGAGGGAGCGGAGAAGGAUGUCCAUGUUGAAUACGGCUUAUGAUAAGCUCCGCACCGUACUCCCGGAAAUGGACUCUGGCCGGCGCCUAUCCAAAUUUGAGACCCUCCAAAUGGCUCAGCAAUAUAUUCAGAGUCUCUCAAAGAUCCUGAAAUCCCCACAACAU